UGCGUUUUUGCACACUGUCAAAACACGGAAGUAAACAACUGUUAUACACAUGUUUUGCGCUAAAUGUGUGUUUACUUGUCAAACGCGUUGAUUUCUUAAUGUUACGUUGUAUUGAUUGUUGGGAAUUUGUCAAGUUUUCGCCGCUGUCGACAAAUGUUUGGCGGUUAUCUAUCGUGAAUAAAUUUUUAAUUGACAGUGCAAUGACCUAGGCGUUAUUUCUGCACCAAGUAAUUUUUAGAGUAUGAAGUCGUUUAAAUCUCCAGGCCGUCAUGGAUAUGCGGUGGAGAUUUCACCUUUUCUGCCUUCUACCAUCGCUUGUGCGUCUUCGCAGUAUUAUGGAAUAGCAGGAUGUGGGACACUUCUUGUGUUGGAGCAGAGAGAGGCAGAUGUGUCACUUGUGAGAAAUUUUGACUGGAAUGAUGGGCUCUUUGAUGUGACGUGGAGCGAGAACAAUGAACAUGUGCUGGUGACGGGAGGAGGUGAUGGAUCUUUGCAGAUCUGGGACACGGCCAACCCGCAAGGUCUUCUGCAGGUGCUGAAAGGGCACACGCAAGAGGUGUAUUCAGUAGACUGGAGUCAGACACGGGGGGAGACCCUGGUGGUAUCAGGAUCAUGGGACCACACGGCCAAAGUGUGGGAUCCGGAGCGAUGUCAGCUAGUGAACUCCCUGCAGGGUCACGAGGGUGUCAUCUAUAGCACCAUCUGGUCUCCUCAUAUCCCAGCAUGCUUUGCUUCAGCCUCAGGGGAUGGGACACUGCGAGUGUGGGACGUUAAGGCGGGAUCAUGCAGGCUGGCCGUCCCAGCACACAGGGCUGAAAUCCUCAGCUGUGAUUGGUGCAAAUAUGACCAGAAUGUUCUGGUCACUGGAUCCGUGGACUGCAGUCUGCGAGUUUGGGACCUACGUAAUGUCCGACAUCCUCUAGCUCAAAUGAUGGGCCAUUCCUACGCUAUCCGCAGAGUAAAGUUCUGCCCAUUUUACAAGACCGUUCUAGCAUCCUGCUCAUACGAUUUCACAGUCAGAUUCUGGGAUUACUCCAAGAACCAGACGCUGCUGGAGAUGCUGGAGCACCACUCAGAGUUCGUGUGUGGCCUGGAUUUCAACCUGCACAUCCCUAACCAGGUUGUGGACUGCUCUUGGGAUGAGACUGUAAAAGUCUUUACCCCUUCAUGCCUGACCGCUCUAUAAGAGGUUGGUGUACCACAAGAAGACGCCGGUGCAGAGUUUGCCAAGAUUUCACUGCGGUUUUCCUAAUGACACCAUUAAAGGAGAACCCAUGGGACGCAUCAGGAACAUUGCAUCGGGAGCACGGUACAGAAGACGGGGAAUCUCAUGCUGUCACUGAGUGUAAAACUGAGUGUGAUGUUAUUAUAGUGUAAAAUCAAACUAAAAGCGAGUUUACCUUAAGCAGUGAGUGCCUUGUUGUCUGCAGUUCACUGGUGGAUUAUGUAGUAUGUAUAAUUUGUUGUUGCUUAAUGGUUUGUUAAACUGAUAUUAAUAAAUCAGUGCAAUCUGUCAUUCUCA